AUAAAAAGGCAUAGCAUGGGGGAGGGAGGGCUGCCGUGCAGCAGGAACUGUGCAGACACACACACGGGGAUCCAGGGACAGCAGCCCCCUUUGCACUGGGAUCUAGAGCCACAGCACGACAGAGAGGUCAGUACAGAGGACAAAGUCUUCGCAGAGGAAGGGAGAGCAGGAAAUGUGAGGAUCUCGCACUGUUGGAGGGAGGGAUGAAUGCAGAGAUGUCAGAGUGCUAGAGUGUUGGCAGGCAGAGUGGGCAGGGCUGUUAAAUAGGAUGGAGAGAGAGGGAGAGAGAUAGUGUAAUGGUGAACUGUCAUCUGGUUUCUCCAGACGCUGUGGUCAGUUUCUGUUUAGAUUCGUAGAAACUGUCAGGACAUCAGGCGUUUUCUGCAUGCUGCGAGGGCAUGAAGCUCUUGUGUGGCUCACAGUGAUGGCACCACUGAAUGCAUGUCAUAUCUGUGAAGCUGAAAAAGUACGACUGAUUUUCAUUAAAUCUCCAGACAUUUGCUUCAACAUUUCCCCGCAGGUUUCCUGCCUUCGCCCUAAUAGUGUGUGACCCCCGCCUAUAUCCGUUAAAGGUCAUUUUCAUUCAAGCUGCUCCAGCCUUUUCAUCCCACUGCCAGGCUUCCUGCUCCUGUAAUGGCCAUUAGCCACUGAUUUGGGGUCUGAGUGCUAUUGAUUGUUGUCAGUCGACAUUAAAGCGAUGCCGUGAAACUAAGUGAAAGCCUACAUUCGGGAGCAUAAACACAUCCGUUACACCCUCAGCUCCAUCCUCACAAACAACAUGGAAAAUCUCCCACUGCACUGACGUCAAAGGGUCCCCUGUUCUCUCUUAAAGGAACAGGCCGCGCAAUUAAUUUGUGGUGCCUCAGUGACCAAUGCUACACAGAGAGAAUGCACAAAAAGAUUAUGUGCCCAGUACUUUGUUUUCACUAUAGCUGCUUUGCAGGCAGGCGGUGAAUGCACCACCUCCAUGUGCUGUCUGAGAGCAGUUGACAUGCUAUCCCUUAACAGCUGCAGAGUGACUGAGUGAGUCUUUUUUUAGCAUGUUAAAAAGGAGUAAUAAGACAUGAGGAGGGGUCCUGCGGAGGGACUAACUUUAAGGCGGAGGUUGUUUUGCUUCCAAUCUCUCAAAACUUCAAUUCAAGGCUAGAAAAAUGUCUCUAAAUGUACGGUACACAUAAUUGUUUUCUUAAACAUUCAUGCACUUGAGUAAAUAAAAGGAAAUGGCUUCAGUGCUUGCACAGCCGUCAUGCGCCUUUGUCCACAUCUGAUAAGGUCAAGUUCAAACCUGUUGCCACAUCUCCAAGACUGACACAGCCUCUGCAGGGCAUGUGUCUAAACUCCUGAAAUACUUCACUGCAGAUAAGUCGUCCAUAUUUUCAUACACCUUUAAAACCUAUUUACCCAUCGACAGCAUGUCAUCUUUGCAUAAAAAACUAGAUAUAAAAUAUAAGAACAUAUAAAAACUAGAACAUGUCCGACAUGCCAAAGCAGCAUGGGACCCAGACGUUGGUACCAUAAUAGGCCACGGAGGGAUUCCUAAACAGGCUCUGUGCUGACUCAGACUCCAGCCUCACGGUGACAUUUACAUGGGCCACAGGGGCGAACGGCUGCUGACAUAAAAAUGGACACCUGAGCUGCAGUGGUCUUUACAAGUGCUACAUGUGAGAAUCAGUUAACAAGAUGGCGGCAUUUGCAGCUUUGCUAAAGACCCUGCAAAAAUAAAUCUUCAUAAUAGUAAUUUUUUAUGAUAUAACACAUUUGAAAAACAAGCCAACAGUUACAGUAAUAAAAAGGCAAAACACUCACAAAACAAGAUGAUAGAGAAAGUCUUGUUUUAUCUAGAUUUGCAGUGUAGCUACAGUAAAAUCAGCAACAAUCAAGUGUUGUUUUCAUUAAUCUGGCACAGCAGUGUUUGGUUUGCGUGAACAGAGAGCCUGCGCACUGGACAAGCAGCCACAUUCACAUUAGGCUGAGUUAAAGUCUUAUCUACUGCUGCCCUCCAGAUUUACAGUUGUUGAGAGGCAGGGCUAAGCCAGGAUUAGACAUUAACGCUUCAAAAUCAGGCUUCAUAGGAGACGGUUCGAAUCAGCUUCUACCUUCAUUUUCAGAACAAAUGUACAAGACAUCUAUAAGUGUCAUUUAUUUUGUGUACACUAUGUUCCUUCCUCCUCCAGUGAACAUACCAGGGUAAUUAAAUCUAAGCUUGGACCUUAACGUGUAAUUCAAGGAACAUGACCUUUGCCCUUUCUCAUAACUCUUGUUUGACCAACUCAGACUGGCAACUUCUCAAGUUUCCUUAUGACCACAGUGAAUGAUGUCAGGGACCAGGUGACAGGCAAACACUACAGCGAAACCUGAACAGGCAAGGCUAUGAAGGGGAUAAUCUGAGUCCUGGUAGAUACGAGCAGUUGUUUCAAAACAAAUAUCGUCAAAUUCUGCAGAUAGAGAAUUAUCUUAAGAUAAGUGGACCAAGAAGUAUGUGGUUUUAUUUCAGAGACAACACCUGCUGACCCAAACCUCAAAGUUAUUUUGAGUCUCUUCUUUCAAACCCAUUCAUUUUCAACCAAAGGCAUGAACAGCGAGUUAAAGGUCUCUAUUAACACAUACCAGCACUGAAGGCUCCUCCAGCACACUUCCUCAUUCUUCUAUCUACUGUUUUACAUUCAGCUAAAAAAAAGUGUAAACAGGAAACGAUGUGGUUGUUGUCUUCUUGAGAUAUACUCAGUGUUGAUUCAGACAGAAUGGGCACUUCCAGGGUCAUUAUUUGAGAAGUUUCUAACAGCGAUAACACAGACGGUAAGCCCUUCUUAAAUAGAGUAUUGAUAUGUUCGGCUCUUAAAUAUGAUCCUGUUUUCUUAUUCUUGGAAUAUUAAGAGAAUGCAGAUAAGUUGGUCAACAGAUAUUGUUAUCUUAGUGAGGAUACAGAUACUAAUUAUUAGUAGUUUAUAAGACUGAUAAUUGAUUUUUGGAACUGAUAUGCACCAACAGAAAUAAUGAAAAACUUCCUGCUCAAAUUUAGAAUUUCAUAUUCUUCAAAAGAAAAUCUGCUUUAAUACCUUUAAUUUAAUCAACACUGAAAAAUUCAACAUCACAUUCAGGGCAUAACAGCAACACUUACUCAGUCAGAUAGUGUUGUGGAUGAGAAAAAGUGGUGCAAGUAAAACAGACCUGGAUGGAAAGACACACUGGUGGGAGCAGAGCCAAAAUAGCACUUUUCAAAUUUAUUUCAUUUAACAUCUGUAAAGUAAAAGGUUGAUACGGAUAUCUGUCCAGACACCAAGUAUCAGCACCGAUAAUCAACCACCACUAAUACAGAUAUGAACCUCAUCGAUACCUCUACCAGCACUACUUUGUAUCACAGACAGGGGUGCUGUAUAAGGGUGAGAGAGAGGAUAAUUAUAAGAGCCUGUGACUUUUAAAGGCCUUAAAAGAACAACACAAUGCCACUGGUAGAAAAAUAAGGGUUACAAUGUUCACUUUUUUUUCCAAAGGGGGACUUCUUUAAGUGUUUUUAGGUGUUAAAUAUUCUGAAAUUAAAAGGGACUCAUGCACAGAGGGCAGGAUACUGCUGAAGAAGUGGACUCCUUAGGAACAAAUAGUGUCACCGUGGUGGAAAUGCCCAUUUAGAUAACGUGGUUAUGUAACAGAGGAAAUGCUUUUCGAGGAAAUAACCGUGUGAUCUUGACGAUGCUGUAAUGGGAACAUUGAAGUGUUGGAGUGGUCUUUGGGGAAUUAAAUUGGGAAUUAAAUAUAAUGCUUUAUAAACUCCCUAUAAAAUAUACUUUUGUACUUGAAUUCUUUGUUACUGAAAUUGUGAUUUUGUCAAAAUUUGUGCUGUCGUGUGAAGUGAUAUGUUUACUUUUCUGUGUCUUUUCUGAUUUAGAGUUGAAGGACAAACCCUCAUCUAACACAACAUAAUGGCAGGUAAAUAUCAUUAUUUUGAGACUGAUUAUAGACUUAUCAAUCUGACUGGUGCUGCUACAAUUUAUGUAUUUUAACCAAUAAAUGGUAGAAAUAUGUGUUUUGCUAGACACUACUGCCCUCUUCUGGCAUGUUUUGAGAAUGCAAAUGAAGCCUUUCAUUUUACAGUGUAGUACAAAUACUGGACAAAAAGCACACUUGUCUGAUUGAAAAUUGGAAAUUAUAAAGUAAAAUCUAAUUACAGUUUAAAAAUACAACAGCUGAAUGAUGCAGAAAUGACCAUACAAUGAAGUUAAAGUUUAAACCAUUCCAUUGUCUCUCUGUGCUCAAAUGUGAGAUUUAUGAAUGAGGCUUUUCACUCAGUGUUCAGCUUUACCUGGCUUCAUAGCGUUCAGACGUAACAACAGUUGCCGUGGCAACACUGUUAGAGUAGCAGCACAAACCUGCACCACAGACAGCAAAAUCAAAACAGCCAGGCAGCACAGCCUCCUGUAGCUCCAAAAAUGGGAAAUAUGUGCACAGCUGAUUCCUCUGCACGUGUCUCUCAGGAUGGUGUGUGACAGAAAUCUUUGUUUGUGGCUAAAACUUGUAGUUUUUAAUGGUGAAAAGAAAACUCUGCCUCCAUACACACACUGAAUCCUAACUUUAUCUAUUUUUUUCCUUUUUCAGACAAAAUUAAAGAUGCUAAGAUCAUCUUUGUUGUGGGUGAGUCAUCAUUUUCUCUCAUUUUGUUCGACACAUUUAAGCACCAUCCUCCGACUGUGCUUAACAGAUUCUUUUUGUAUUAUUUCCAGGUGGACCCGGCUCUGGAAAGGGCACCCAGUGUGAGAAGAUCGUAGCAAAGUAUGGCUACACCCACCUGUCAUCUGGGGAUCUGCUCCGUGCUGAGGUGGCCUCUGGCUCUGAGAGGGGCAAGCAGCUCCAGGCCAUCAUGCAGAAGGGAGAACUCGUGCCCCUGGUGAGGACAAUUCAAUUUUAUUUGAGAUUUUUUAAAGUACACUUACAUUUUGCGACUCUAAAACUCAAGGAGGAAAAUGAACCUGAAGAUGUGUGCACCGAUAUGAAAGAGAUGCAUCAGUAGCUUCAGGAUUUAUUGUGUUGGUACACAUUCGAAAAAGUUUCUGAGGGUUAUGAUGUUCAGCUUUUGUUGAAACUGUUUUGCAGAAGUGCCGAUUUACCUUCAUGAUCAUUUUGUAAGAUGUAUAGUUUGUGGUUCUGUUCGAGUAUAUUGCAUUUAUGAAGAGAUGUCAUUUUCAAGCACCCCUAGAUAUUUAUGGAUCGGACAAAAUAACAGAAGCACCUGUCCGUGUAAUAAAACUUCCUGCCGAGUGUAUUUUCUACUAGCAGUGCUGUGUCAUCGUGAAGGUUGAUUACACUGUUUGGGCUUGCUUUCAGGACACAGUCCUAGACAUGAUUAAGGACGCCAUGAUCGCCAAGGCUGAUGUGUCCAAGGGCUACCUUAUUGAUGGCUACCCCCGUGAGGUGAAGCAGGGCGAGGAGUUUGAGAAGAAGGUAAGCAAGAGCGAAAAAACGUUGCACCAUAACUCAUCUGACAGUCAACGCAGGAAAGAUUUUAAUCCAGAGAAAAUGUCUUUGACCUCAGAUCGGCAAACCCUGCAUGCUGCUGUACGUCGACGCCAGAGGCGAGACCAUGGUCAAGAGGCUCAUGAAGCGCGGUGAGACCAGCGGCCGCUCCGACGACAACGAGGAGACGAUCAAGAAGCGCCUGGACUUGUAUUACAAAGCAACCGAGCCAGUUAUCGCUUUCUACGAGGGCCGUGGCAUCGUCAGGAAAGUGAGUACAACACCUAAUACGAGUGUUAAAAUGAAGAGAAAAAAAAGUGUGGGUUGUGUUAAGUCUUGUGUGUUUCCUUUUUCUGCCCAGGUGGACUCUGAGCUGCCAGUGGACGAGGUCUUCGGCCAAGUUGCAAAGGCUAUUGAUGCACUGUAGUAAAACAACGUAACUGGAUGGGCUGUGUCUGGUUCUUGCUGUUUUGUUUGAUUUUCUCUGCACCAGUUUUGUUCAGGCCAAACAGGAACAACAACAACAGAAAUAACGCCCUCUCCAACUCUUCCUGGUAUCAAAUCCUGAAGGCCAUUAAGGACUAACAACGCCUUAACUGUACUCCAGUCUAAAAGCUCAAACAAUUACAAAUCUGCUUAAAGCAGCAUGUGGAAAACCGUCACUUCCUUUAUACAAGUCUCUGUGCUCAACAUGUUUGUGGAUAUAUUUAAGUGAUGUACUCUGUAGCUUUUCUCACCUUUCAGGCACCAUGCUGACAUUGGGGAAAACUGCACUUUACACUAUCUCUUACCCCUCUCUGCCCCUUUCAUUAAGAGUCCUGAAUUGAUGUGAAAAUAAUAGACAUCUUUAUGAAUGAUGGUGGAGAUCCCCCACUGUGGAAAAACUGAGAAAACUCUGCAAACGUGUAUAUUUACAGAACUUCUAAUUUACUUUUAUAAAUUGAUUACAUAAUUUACAUCCAUAUCUCAAGCACAAAUACUAUGUAGUUCUUUUUAUCAAGUGGUAAACAUGUCUAUAAAGUGGUUUAUGUAACGAAAAGGAAAUUAAAGUACAAGGACAUCAAUCAAUAUUUUUAAUUUCUUCACUAGAGGCUGUUUGGGAUAUUUAACCUUCCUUCUUUGUUAGCUUUUACUACACACCCACUAUGUUAAGGGUCCGUUUCGACCCGUGUCUUAAAUCAGCUGUAAAUUACACUAAAAACAUUUCCUUAUCUUCCAAUUUGGUUCGCGUCUCU